GCCCAGGUCAUCAUCAUGAACCAUCCUGGCCAGAUUGGAAAUGGAUAUGCACCAGUGCUCGACUGCCACACUUCCCACAUUGCUGUCAAGUUUGCUGAGAUCUUGACCAAGAUUGACAGGCGUUCAGGUAAGGAACUUGAGAAGGAGCCUAAGUUCUUGAAGAAUGGUGAUGCUGGUAUGGUUAAGAUGAUUCCCACUAAGCCCAUGGUUGUUGAGACCUUUGCUGAAUAUCCACCAUUGGGUCGUUUUGCUGUUCGAGACAUGAGGCAAACUGUUGCUGUUGGUGUUGUCAAGAAUGUUGACAAGAAGGACCCAACUGGUGCCAAGGUCACCAAGGCUGCGCAGAAGAAGGGAAAGUGAACAGUGCAGUGUGAUGCUAGUGUUUCCAAUGCUAUUUAUUUUCAUCAAGUGUGCUAUCUAGACUCUGUUUUGUUUACUUCUGCUAUAGUUUUGUCUUUGAUUUGCUUUUUAGGCGCUUGUUUUCUGCCUUGUAUGUCAUGUAACCAUUCUCAGAACUGGGUACUUGACAGGCGGUGGCAAGCAUGAUUUGGAGCCUGUUUUCAUUCUGUUGAGGUGCCUUGGUUUUCCAUGGUGCCUCAGGAUUUUUGCUUUUGGUGUUGCCUAAGUUAUAUUUU